AUGCCAUUCUACCUUGAGAACAAAAUUGUCGAAGUGCACCGAAGCUCGAGAGCGACUGUGAAAUGCGUCGAAGAAGGUCCUCUAGAAUUGAGAACGAUCGCUCCCAAUGUCAGCUACCUCUCGGAGACGAUUGGUUUGUUAGCGGAUGCGACCGCGCCGUCUGUCGCAUUAUUUGAAAUGGCUACAAGAGAACAAGCGUCAGAACUCUGGAGUGUCCUCGAGGCAUGCGACCACAGCUUAUUCAAUGUUCGAAGCAUCUGGACUUCUUUCGCGCAGCUGGACCAGCUCGAGCAAUGUCAAUUUAAAGAAAAGGCGUGUCUGGCGACCGGAGGGUUGCGCUACUUGCAAUCAAAGCUCGUGAACAAUUCUACCGCGCUCAAGAACUUACUGGUGGACUUCAAGAUCUCAUCUACAGCACUGAAUUGGCCUCCCAACCUCGAUGUACUUGGGAGUAUCCAAGCCGAGCUUCUGGCUGAGGGCGUGCAAGUCGAUCACUUGCAAGAUCGACAUGAUGAGAUUAAGGCUUACAUUCGGUCGCUUGCCAUUGGCGAGGUCAGCACUUCUGUAGGUCUCGGCCAGGAGACAUCGUAUCCGCGCCACUCGCCCUUGUUCCCUCCAGCAGCCGGGACGCCAGUGACCACAGCAAUUUCUCCAACGCGCCGACAUGUGACAGAUUUAGCCAACCAGUUCGCCUCGCUGUUUGAACCGACAGCGCUUCGUCGGUCAUCGCUAGGCAGUGCAGAUCCCAACAUCGCUUCACCAAACCUGCCUUCCGAAAAAUUGACAGUCGUCGAUAUCAAGCAAGAACAACUGUUGUCUUACAAACAUUCCGUGACGCCUCUUCGGAAAGACUCCAUGGACCCCACUGCAGCUUCUCUGGUCUCGCGACUAUCAAAUGCUAUGGCACACAUGGCAUUUUCGGUCAGCUUGCAGAACAAGCCACACAGCUCACGGCCGCCGCCUCAUCGGACAUCUUCUGCUGUGUUUCGCGGUCUAGGGAAUGAAGAACGUGCAACUGGUGACUAA